AUGGCAGACGAAAUGAGCGACGACUCUGAGAAUGAUGCAGAAUUUUUGGAAUACAAACUCUGCUCUUUCCAGAGUGACUUCCAAUUGGACAAAAUACGAAAUAUUGUUCUCUGUACACGUAAUCGUCUUCUUGUCAUUCAUUAUGGAGACGGCAAACUAUCUAUUGUCCGAGCCGGUAAUUACGACCAGGAACUGAAGGCCGAAAGUGAUGUGAGAGAAAUCUACUAUCAUGAUGAUGAUAAUUCUCUGACAACUCUGUGUCUGUUACACAACAAUGGAAACUUGUCAGUCUACGCCCUUGAAGACAAUCUGCGUUGUAUUGCAUCCUGGAAUGAAUUGGCACUAUCUACAGUUCUAUUGAUAAACUAUAAAAAAAUGAAUCGAUCUAUCAAUCCUUUCAUUUUUAUUAAAUCUUUUUACAUCCUUUUUUUUUCUUUUCUUUCUUUCCUUCUUUCUUUCUUUCCUUCUUUCUUUCUUUCCUUCUUUCUUUCUUUCCUUCUUUCUUUCUUUCCUUCUUUCUUUCUUUCCUUCUUUCUUUCUUUCCUUCUUUCUUUCUUUCCUUCUUUCUUUCUUUCCUUCUUUCUUUCUUUCCUUCUUUCUUUCUUUCCUUCUUUCUUUCUUUCCUUCUUUCCUUCUUUCCUUCUUUCCUUCUUUCCUUCUUUCCUUCUUUCUUUCUUUCCUUCUUUCUUUCCUCCCUCCCUUUUUUUGAUUUGCUUCAACUGA